AUGUCGAACUACGGCAUGUCUGGCGGCGGCGGUUCCGGCGAUUCGGAGCACGACCCAAAGUUUGAGUCGCUCCUCGCUCAGCUGCGACUCCAGUCGUCGCCCAGCCCCGGCCCUGGCGCCGACUCCGGCCCGGAAUAUCCUUCGCAAUUCAACUAUCACCACGGUCACCAGUCCUACUACGGCCCCCAGUCCAAUUCCGAUUCGCCCAAUCUCCCCAAUCACGGCCAAGGGGCCACGGACUCACCCGCAUUCCUGCCUGAGGCUCCCACACCACCCGUCGGCUUCGGCCACUCGCAGUUUCCGCCGGGCAUGAUGAACCAAAUCGGCGCUGCUGCCCGCAGUGGUGCUGGAGAUGGCCGCACCGCGCAUCUGCUCAACCUCCUCAAGUUUAGUGGACAAAACGGCUCUGCGAGCCAGCAGCAGCAGCAACAGCAGCAGCAGCAGCAGCAUCAGCAACACUCGCAGCACUCGCAGCACCACUCGCAGCAACACCAGCAGCACCACUCCUCCCCUCGGGAGCAAUCCAUAAACUUUCCUCCCGCACCGAUUGCGCCGCCUGUCAUUCACGCGCCCGCUCCCGCUGCAGCCGAUCCCACGGGCCUCCUUGCAGCCCUAAUGAAGGGUAACCUACAGCCCGAGCCCGUGAAACCCGAGCCCAGCCCUCCGUCUUGGAACCAAGCCUCGCCUCCCUCAGGUACACAACAAUACCUGCUCAACUUACUUAAUCGUCCGAAGCCAAGCCAGCACGAGGCGGCCGAUCCCAGCGAGCCGAGCCUCCUCACACCACCGCCCACUUCCGAUCAUGUAAAGGACGACGAAAGCUCGCAUGGUGGCCGCUCCGCUGAACCGACCCUCGUGGAUACCCUGGCCUCGCGCUCUGAGUUUGAUUUUGAGUCCAAGAACGUCGAAUCCCCACCCCCCAAGUUUGACUCCACGCCGCUUUCGCAGCACUCACAGCCCUCGCAACAGUCGCAUCAGUCCAACCCGAGACAGGCAAACAGCCUUGGCUACAGCGACCACUACGAUCGCUUAUCCGGAUCCUCCCCGAUCCAUCGAACUCCGAAAUCGUCGACCACGCCUGGCGCUUCUGGCUCGACCGCAGGUGCCGCUCGUCCUGCGCCAGCUCCGACCCAAAUCUUGAAGAGGUCAGACACCAAUCAGCCCCACGAUUCGGCUCGACCUUUCAACGACCGAGACGACCGAGACAUCCCUGGUUCCCCGCCGUCGCAGGUUCAUGACAACACCUGGCACAGCGCCGAACGCAAUGUCCCUCCUGCCUUGUCUCACGGGGCUGAUACGUCUCCUAGCGCCACCCAGAAGGAGAGUGUGGCAGACGCCGUCAGUGGACUCGCGGAGCAGGCCGAUCGGGAGGCCCGAGAUGCCCUUGCGCGUGCCGAACAGGAGCAGGCGGAGGCUAAGGCUUCCCGUGGCUUGGACCCGACAGACAUCGCCGAAACGGCCGAGGUAUCUCAUUCGGCCUCCUCAAUCGUCGCCAAGCCCGAGCGCAACCAGGCGGAAGAAGAGAGAUCUUUCCCCGACUCGAGUUUCGUUCAGGACUUUGCCCAAGACGCCCGAGAUAGUGCAGACGACUCGGCCGCGGCCCCUCCGCAGGGCCUCGUGGCCGACAGCUGGGAAAGCGCCGAGGCCGAGGAAAUUGUAGUGAUCGAGGAAACGGCCGCGCCCGUCAAGGUCUACAACUUCCCCAUGAAGCCGUGGAUCACGAUCAGCCUGCAAGACACGGAUGAAACCCGACCUGUUUUCCGCGAGGAGGCCAUUCUCGACAUUGCUCGCCUCAAGAAGGACUUUGAUCAGAUCGACCGUAACCUCGUUUCUGCUUCCGAAACCUACAUGGCCUAUGCCAUGUCCAAGGCCGGCGGCCUGCGUGUCAUUAGACAGGAAGACGGUAAGGACGCCAAGCUUUUCACCGACACAAAGGACCGCAUCUUCAAUGUAAGCAUCUGCAACUCGUCCUCUGAGGACCACCCCAAGGAGACCAUCAUUGGCACUGGGGUGAACGGGACCGUCUACUGGGUGCAGCUCAAGAACGGCGAUCGGGAUCACUUGGAGGACGCGCACCCGGAACAGUACGGCUUUGCGCUGCCCCCAAUUUCGUCGCAAGAGGGCGGCGAUGCGCCUGGCGGUGUUCUCAAGACGCGUGCUCGGCCCUCCGCCAUGCAUCCCGAUUUCUUCGCCGUCGGCCGCGGCAAGUCGAUCAACAUCAUCUGGCCGUCAUUUGUGUUUGAGAACGACCUGUUCAAGAAUGGCCACGACCGCAUCGUCGACACCGAGAAACUUCUGAAGCAAUGCUCGUUGAAGAUCAACACCGGUAAGGCUGGUAAGGACUUCACUUUCAGCCAGGACGAUACUCUCGUUGUCUCGCUCGACAAGUCUGGACGCGUCAAGUUCUGGGACGUCCGUGACCUGACCGCGGUCAAGGAGGGCUCGGAUCCCCUUCACCCCACGCCCGCGCAGGCGUCGCUUGAGAUCAAGGAGCCCCUGAUGACCCUCACCACCACCCCCGAGGGCGAGAAGGCGUGGCCCACCUCCGUGUUGCUGCUGGAUAAGUUCCGACCGUACCAGAAGCGUGCCGCCCUGAGGUACAUGAUCGUGGGGAUGAAGCAGAACCACACCCUCCAGCUUUGGGAUCUGGCUCUGGGCAAGCCGGUGCAGGAGUUCAACUUCCCGCACAACAAGGAGUCCGAUGCCGUGUGCAGCGUCAUGUACCACGCUCCCUCCAGCAUGAUCAUCGUCGGCCACCCGACUCGCAACUCAAUCUACUUCCUCCAUCUCUCGGCGCCUAAGUACACGCUGAAGAACCUUUCGCAAGUCGACUACAUCCAACGGCUGGUCGCACAGGACUCAUCCAUCCCACAGCCGGAGUCUACUGCCGUGAUUAGUGGCAUUCGGGAGUACUCCUUCGCGAACAAGGGCAUCCUUCGCAGCCUCAACAUCCUAGAGAACCCUGCGGCGUCCAGCGACGGGGACGAGCCGACGCUGUUUGAGCUCUACGCCAUGCACUCCAAGGGCGUCACCUGCUUGUUCAUUAAGCACUCCGAGCUGGGCUGGACCAAGGACAACAAAGUCAUCGCUCCUGCCGACGCCGUGGAGGCCGGGCUCGCCAAGAUCUCGAAGCUGGUAGCCCCGCCGCCUCCCCAGCCGGCCGAGACGCAAAAUGCUGCUGUCCCGAGCGAGAGCGCUGCCGCCGCUCCUCAGAUCCGGAUUGCCACGCGCGGUGCUAAGGACGCCGGCCUCAAAGCUGUAUCACCCCAAGGAGACAACAAAAAGGCAUCGGAGUUGGUGGCGCUGCCGAAACCUGACCGCAAGGACGAUGCCGAACUCCCCGCGCCUGCGCCGGAAAAGAACGAGAAGAAGGGACGGAAAAAGAAGAGUGAACGUACGGGCGCUGGGGCCAGCGACCAUCUUGCGGCCACCAAUGGCGCUGUGGAAACCGCUCGCGCUUCCUCACAGGGCAAGACCAACAACAAAAGUUCUCGCGCGGCCGAUUCCUCUUCUUCCGCAGACGCGGCACUCGCACCCAACCCGGCCUUCCAGGAACAGCUCGACGCCGUGGUCGCUAAAAUGGAGUCGCGCAUUAUUUCCAACCUAUCCGGUCGCUUUGACGCCGUCUUCAAUGAGACUUUGAAGCAGAUGCAGAGCUUCCACGAAAAUCGCGACUCAGCCUUCUCGACCAGCCAGUCAACGCUUCUGCAGCUGGUGGCCGAUGUACUGAACGAUAACACCGAGGCGGUCCUCAAGAACUUGAUCAUUACCCAGAUCAAUAACAAUGUCAUUCCAUCGGUUCGCAACGCCAUCGACAAGUCGGUGUCCGAGCAGUUGGGCGCAAAGUCGGCCGCUCAAGUCAGCGCUGUGCAAAAGGAAAUCCAACGCCUCUUGCCCAACGCCAUCAACCAGGCCAUGCAACGGCCUGACGUCACCAAGCCGGUUUCCGACAGGGUCUCGCAAAGCGUCAACUCACAGAUCGAUUCGCAGAUCGCUAGGACCCUCAACACGCUCACGCCUGUCAUCGCCAAGUCGACGGCUCAGACCGUGCACCAGCGUAUCAUUGAGGACGUCGGCGGUCGCAUCAGCCAGGCCUUUGAGCAGCUCGAUGAACGGCGUCGGAAUGAAGAUGCCAAGUUUGACCGUCUGAUUGCACAGACUCAGGACCUCGCCAGCGCCAUUUCUUCCCUGGCCGCUUCCCAGGCACAGAUGCAACAGGAACUUGCGGCCCUCAAGCAGCAAGUUCACGAUCAGGGUCGCGAGAAGGCGCCUUCUGCCGUCGACGAGCAUUUGCGCGGCCUCGGUGCUUCCCACGGUGGCGCUGUCGGCUCCCAUGGCCCGCCCAGCACCUCUUCCCGAGAGCUGGUCAGCUACGGCCCGCAACAUCACCAACACCAGCACCAGUCGCCUGCUGCGCAUUCUCAAUCUGGGCAGGUGCCUUACUCUCACCAGCACCAGCAUCAGCAUCAGCAUCAAUCGCAGCCGCAGCCGCAGCCGGCGCAGCAACAGCAGCACCAGCUUCCGCACCAGCAGCAGCAUCAGCAUCAGUCCCAAACCCAAUAUGGCGAUCACGACGGCCAGGUGGUAUACGCGCCGCUGAGCCGGGAGGAGCGCCAAAAGGCCGAGCUUGACAAUCUAGUGGAGGCCAUCGAAGGUUUAAUGCGUGCUUCCAACUACGACGAGGCAAUGCUCCGCUGGCUCCAAUCGGGCGACCAUGCGGAAGAGGUUUUCCAGCAGGUACUUUCCAAUUACAACCCCAUCUUUGUCCAGGACCUGCAGCCGCUGCUUUUGCUGUCAGUCGGUGCGACUGUCUCGGUCAACUUGAGCCGGAAUACGCAGAAACUCAUCAAGAAGAUCAACCUCUUGGAGGUCGUCAUUUACUCAUUCAACCAGAACGUUGCCAGCUUGGAUGAGCAAGUCCGUGAGGUGACCCCCAAAAUCAUGACGCUCCUAAAGACCCGUAUCGAUCAACUCCUUAGCGAGAUCAACCGGAUUGCGCCCCAUGACCAGUCGGUCAAAACGCUCUCCAGCAUGAGCUCGAUCGCAGGGCGGGUUGCUGAGAAUGCCCAACUCCGGCACGGGUCUAUGCACGGCCCUGGUCACAUAGGUGCCUCUUACUAA